AUGUUCCCACAGAUGCUCUGCUCCUCCUCGGCUCUGCUCCUGUGUGCCUCUUUUGCGGCGCUGGUUCUUUGGGCUGCAUUGUUCCGCAAGACGUCCAGAGCCGGGGGGGUGCCGUCCCUGCCCCGCGUCCCCCUUUUGGGCAGCCUUCCUUGGGUGGCGGCCAGUGGUCUGCCCCCUCAUCUUCUCUUCACGCGGAUCUCCAAAAGACUCGGGCCCCUGUUUGCGCUGCACUUAGGGUCACAGUACACUCUGGUGGUGAACAGUUAUGAUUUGGCUCGAGAGGUUCUCCAGACCAGAGGAAAGGACUUCGCUGGACGCCCAUUUAUGGUGACCACAGACCUCCUGACCCGUGGGGGGAAGGACAUUGCGUUCUGUGAUUACUCUCCUCUGUGGAAGUCCCACCGCCGCCUCGUGCACAGCGCCUUCACGCUGUUCGGAGAGGGCAGUGGCCGCCUGCAGGACAUCGUGCUGUCCUCGGUGGACGACUUGCUGCAGGAGCUGUGCGGCGCAGGGCGAGCGUUGGACCCUUUCUCCGCCAUCACUCGCGCUGUCACAAACGUUGUGUGCACUCUGGUGUUCAGCGCCACCUACAGGCCCCACGACCCCGAGCUGCAGCAGGUCAUUCAGUACACCAACGGCAUCGUGCAGACCCUCGCCACCGGAGCCUUGGUCGACAUCUACCCCUGGCUCAAGUAUUUUCCAAACAGCACUCUAAGAAAACUGAAGCAGUGCAUCAGAGUGAGAGACAAGCUGCUGCAGCGGAAAUUUGACCAACACAAGGUCUCGGUGAGCGACUCAGACUCCGGUGAUCCUUGUGACCUCCUGGACGCUCUUCUCCGUGGUCAGAGCGAUGCAAAGUCCGAGGUCAUAUCGGACGAUCAUGUUCUGAUGACGGCGGCCGAAGCGUUCGGAGCCGGAGUGGAAACCACGUCCACCGCUAUUCUGUGGAUCAUCGCCUAUCUGCUGCACCAUCCAGAGAUCCAGACCCGGGCCCAGAAGGAACUGGAAGAGCAGUUGGGCCAGAGACCGGUUCGAAUGUCGGACCGGACCCGGCUGCCUUUUGUGGAGGCUGUUAUCCAGGAAGGACUGAGGAUCCGACCCGUGAGUCCAAUCCUGCUCCCGCACUCCGCCAUGCAGCCAACCAGUUUGGGAGGACACCCGGUAAAAACUGGCACGCGGGUCCUGGUCAACAUGUGGGCCAUUCACCACAAUCCACAAAUCUGGAAACAACCGGACCUGUUCAGACCAGAGCGUUUUCUAGACGAGCACGGCGAGCGGUUCUCUCCCCCCGGGUUCAUGCCCUUCGGGGCGGGGCCUCGGGUGUGCGUGGGUGAAUCGUUGGCUCGUUUGGAGCUGUUCCUGUUCGUGUCGUCGCUGCUGCAGCGGGUCAGCUUCAGCGUGCCCCCCGCGGAGCCCGUACCGGACCUGCGAGGUCGUCUGGGCGUGGUGCUCCAGCCACUGCCCUAUCGGCUGCAGGUCACGCCGCGGCCCGGCUGGGGGGCCGUGGAGAAGCAGGACUGA